GCGGCGCACCGUACGCGUGAGAAUAGUUCGCGUCGUAUUCACGGUGCCAAGAAGUCGAAAUAAAAUAAAGAAAACACCGCCUGCCGUCGGUUUACGACUGUCAACGAUCGACUAACGUGACCGUGAACAAACAUCAUCGAUUCCCGCGACUACCUGGUAAAUCGUUGAAAUACUUAUCCAUGGAAUCAUCGUUGGUCGGGUGAAAUCAGACCAAGUGUGCGGAUUAAGGAGGAAAACGCUGGGAGACGAACGAUCGUGAGUUGGGAGCUCGGAUAAAGUCAAUUCGAAACGAGUGGCGUCGUUAAGCUUCGUUGGACACGGGGACCACCAGGAAGUAUUCGAAAGUAGCCGGAAUUCUGUCAUCGUCCCUGAGUCACACCGGAAUCGAAGAAGAGGCGAUGAUCAUGAUACAUCCUGGAAACAUGCUGUCCUUACGUUGCUGCGUGAAACCAGAAAUGUACCAUGCUUCCUUCCCGAGCAUUCAACUGUCCUACCGGUCGCCGAUCUGAACAGUCGGCGGAUGGACGUGGUAUCAGCUGGGAAGUCCCAACACGGAGCAAAGGACGAGCUGGGAAUUCGUCGUCGACGUCGACGUAACGGCAAGUUGACGAAAGUCGGUAGAUUCGCUCGUAGGAAACGCGAGCGGAAGAAGAGUGAGACACGUUUACGAGUCAGGAAGGGUGAAAGAAGAGGAAGGGGAUCGAGCUCGCGGGAAGAGAAGAAAAAAGAAAAGAAAAGUUGUGGCAUUGAGUAAACCGUGAUUCCUCCAAGAACACGUAUAAUCGCGUGUUCGCCUCGCUUGAUUCUUCACUGCCAUCCGUGUUCAUUGAUUAGAUUAGACGUCACUGCUAUUGGUGUCCAUUCAGUGGCUGCCUUACCACAUUUUUUUCCUCGUACCGUUGAAUUCACUUGGAUUCCUCGCGCGGUAUCCUUUACGCUUGUUUCUUCCGCGAUUCGAACGCGAGUGCCUCAGUGGAGUCUACGUUGUAUUUCCGGCCGAGCACUCAGUUUCAUUCUUUCGCAUUUCGUGAAAACCAGUGCAAGUGAGAGAAAAUUAUUUGUGCAAGUUUUGCGAAAGGAUUCGUGGUCGCAAGAUGAUUCUACUGCUUCGCACGAUUCCGAUGGUGCUGUUCACUGUGAUGGCUAUGGGAACACCCCGGUCUUCGGUCAUGUACGCGGACGACAAAGUGCAAAAUUAUCUCAUGAAGUUUGGAUAUCUACCCCAAACGGAUAUGGAGACCGGAAACCUUCGGACUGACGAUCAGCUCAGGGACGCCAUUAAAAAUUUACAGCGAUUCGGCGGUGUUCCUAUAACCGGUGAUAUCGAUGAAGCUACGAUGAAAUUAAUGAAACUUCCGCGGUGCGGACUUCCGGACAAACCAGACCCCAGGUACACCAGGGUGAGGCAUAAACGGUACACGAUCCAUGGGCAACAGUGGCCGCAUCGGAAUCUCACAUGGAGCCUGAGAACCGAGCAACCGAGCGGCCUCGACACCGGCGGCGUGCGUUACGAGCUCAGCAGGGCCCUGAAUCUAUGGGCGAGGAACUCGAAGCUCACCUUCCAGGAAGUUAACAGCGAUAGAGCCGACAUUCUCGUUUAUUUUCAUCGCGGUUAUCACGGUGACGGAUAUCCGUUCGAUGGCAGGGGUCAAAUUCUGGCACACGCGUUCUUCCCUGGCAAAGACCGCGGCGGAGACGUUCACUUCGACGAGGAGGAAAUAUGGUUGUUGCAGGACAACAACAACGAAGAAGGGACCAGCCUCUUCGCGGUGGCUGCGCACGAAUUCGGUCACUCUCUCGGUUUAGCGCACAGCUCGGUACCCGGGGCACUCAUGUAUCCGUGGUACCAAGGAUUGAGCUCUAAUUACGAGCUACCGGAGGACGACAGGCACGGGAUUCAACAGAUGUACGGUGCACCCGAGGAGAAGUUGUGGGCCAUGCUGCCGGGUGGUCCGUCGCCUCCGGAGCGACCCACGACGCAUCGGACAACGACGACAAGCGUCGGGACAACCUACAGGCCGUGGCGAACACGACCGACCAGACCGAAUCACUAUCCGACUGACGACCGGCCUCGACGCCCCGAUCGUUACCCUCAAAAACCAGAUUACAGAACCGAGAGGCCGGAGGAUCGACCUCAGAGGCCUCACAAGCCUCACCGACAUCCCACGACCUCCACUACGACCACCAGCACCACAACCGUUAGGACACCGUACACCCAGAGGCCGAGGCAUCGGUGGACACCCCCAGCGCCCAGAGACGAUGUACCAGACAAAUGCGACACUACCUACGACGCUAUCAGCAUUAUCCGCAGGGAGGUUUUUGUCUUCAAAGGACGGUACUUGUGGAGAAUCGGCGAUCAUGGAUUAUACGAAGGAUAUCCAGCGGAGAUCAGGCGUUUGUUUAAUAUACCUGAGGACAUCGAUCAUGUGGACGCGGUUUAUGAGAGGCCAGAUAAGAAGAUAGUAUUUUUCAUUGGCAAGAAGUAUUACGUUUUCAACGCUAACAAUCUCGAACCGGGCUACCCGCAACCAUUAACGACGCUGGGAUUACCAGAAUCGUUGGAGAAGGUAGACGGCGCGAUGAUUUGGGGUCACAAUGGGAAAACGUAUUUCUUCAGUGGAUCCAUGUAUUGGAGGUUUGACGAAUCCGUAAACUACGUAGAACUCGAUUAUCCAAGGGACGUAAGCAUGUUUGCCGGUGUUGGAAAUGACAUCGACGCUGUUUUCCAGUGGAAGAACGGCAAGACGUACUUUUUCAAAGGGAAAGGCUUCUGGGAAUUCGACGACCUGCGAAUGAAAGUGGCACACGAGAAGCAAAAAUUAUCGGCACCGUUUUGGAUGGGUUGCCCACGGGAGUUAGAGACCAACGACAUCGAUAAUUAUCCAAGAAAAUCAAAGAUAAUGGCCUCGAGCGAAGCGUCGACACGACCAACCCUAUUUCUCGGGAUAUUUUUUAUAGCAUACGUUAAUAUUAAAUAUUUGUAAACUGUGAUAUUUAUAUAAAGUCACGUGUAAAUGCGAGCGCGUAUCCGUGUACGCGCUCUAAUCUACACGCGACUGAAUUUUAACACACUUCUCUUAUACCGAUUAUAUAUAAAAUAAUUUUAAUAAAGUAAUUUUUAAAUAAUUUUAAUAAUAAACGACAAACUUUAUCCUCA